CUGGCAGAAAAACUAGUCUUAGCCGUCAGGUUAAGUGCACCUACCUGACACUUCCUGCUGUCGUCGUUAUGGGUUUUUCCUUUCAUGCGCGUGGAUGACGUUUCUCACAUAUAUAUCACUGCCAUGUUUGUAUGCCUUCAUCAGAUGUAUUCAAUUAGAAUUUCCACGUCCUCCGGCUGAAGCGCUGCGACCUUGGGUAUUUACUCACAUUUGGAGGAAUAUUGGUUGCGGUGUAGUUUAGCCUGCAUACGAUAGGCCUACUACAAAGAUUGGAUUGUGGUUUGAGUUUUUAUUUUCGUUUAUGUUACCCAGUUGAUACAGCAGUGAGACGCAACAGCGAGGGACUGACCCUCGUAUUUGUAGAGGGGGAAAGCCGUACAUUUUACAAGGAAAAGAUUCAGCACUAUGCCAUCAGGCCGGAUAUGAAGUAGACUGUGAAAACGAUAUGGAUGAGAGGUCAUGUGUGCUGUCCAGCUAAGGGCCUUGGUCGCCCCCCCCGCUGCACGUCGUCGUGAGCAUGUACCGUAGGAACGGUCUCUCGGAUGGCGCCAGCAUCAACUCUGCCUCCUCAGUGGGAAGCAGCAGCUCGGACUCUCUGGAUGGGCCGGGCUUGGACUUCUCCAAGAGUUACGAUGCCGUUGUGUUUGACGUGCUGAAGGUGACGCCCGAGGAGUUUGCUGGUCAAAUCACAUUGAUGGACGCUCCAGUAUUCAAAGCGAUCCAUCCAGAGGAGCUGGCUAGCUGUGGAUGGAACAGGAAGGAGAAACACCGGCUGGCGCCCAACGUGGUAGCCUUCACACGGAGGUUCAACCAGGUUAGCUUUUGGCUGGUGAGAGAAAUUUUGACUGCCCAGACACUGAAGAUCCGAGCAGAAAUACUGAGCCAUUUUGUUAAAAUAGCCAAGAAACUGUUGGAGUUGAAUAACCUCCACUCUAUGGUGUCUGUGGUGUCAGCCCUGCAGAGUGCUCCUAUCUUCAGGCUGAGCAAGACCUGGGCGCUGAUCAGCCGGAAGGACAAGACCACGUUUGAGAAGCUGGACUUCUUGACAUCCAAAGAGGACAACUACACACGCAUGAGGGAGUACAUCCGUUCUCUCAAGAUAACGCCAUGCAUCCCCUACCUGGGUAUCUACCUAUUGGACAUGAUCUACAUCGACUCGGCCUAUCCGGCGUCGGAUAGCAUCAUCGAGACCGAGCAGAGGACCAAUCAGAUGAACAAUUUGCUGAGGGUGAUCUCUGACCUGCAGAUGUCCUGUAAAUAUGAUCACCUGGUGACACUCCCCCAUGUUCAGAAGUAUUUAAUGUCCGUGCGCUAUAUCGAGGAGCUUCAGAAGUUCGUAGAGGACGACAACUUCAAGCUUUCUCUGAAGAUCGAACCCAUGCACGGCUCCCCGCGCAUGGCCUCAUCCAAGGAAGACCUAGCAGGUCCGUCUGAUGUGUCUGCCUCUGUGAGGUACAACUACAGACGACCCACCUGUCCCGACGCCUCGGUGAUGGUGCACAUGCCCACCCCUCCCCCCUCUCGCCACAGGAAGAGCCACAGCCUGGGCAACAAUAUGAUGGCGUAUGGCAUGGUGGAGAGUAAGAGCGCCACGUUCCCCAUUGAGAAGCCACGCCACCUGCUGGAUGACAGCUUCCUGGAGUCCCAGAGCCCAGCUCGAAAUGACCCACACAGCAUGGCCAUAUCUAACGGCAUGUCUUUAGGCAGCAGCGAAAGCUCAUUCGGCGAGGAACUCUCGCCAGGGAUGGAAAGGGGACGCAUGUAUGCCACACUGGGCCCCAACUGGAAGGUCCCUCUACGUAAUUCACCCCGGAGCCGCAGCUAUGUUUACAGCCCCUCAGGUGCCAACCCGUGCCACGGGUGCAGCGAGGUGGGCAGUGUUACUAUCGAGGGGCCCCUUCGGAGGAAGACCCUGCUGAAAGAGGGCCGAAAACCCAAGUUGUCAUCGUGGACACGCUUUUGGAUCACUCUCUCUGGUUCGACACUGACGUUCUACGGGGCCAAGGCCUUGAGGGCCUCCGAGAGGAAGCAUUACAAAUCUUCAGCCUGUAAGAAGGUGUGUGUAACGGGCUGGAUGGUGGUCCUGCCUGACGACCCGGCUAGACCGAACAUCUUCCACCUCAACGACCCGGAUAAAGGUAAUGUUUACAAGUUCCAGACGGGAUCCAGAUUCUCUGCGAUCAUCUGGCACAAAAACCUGGAGGAGGCUUGCAGGAGCUGUAGACCUCAGAUACCAGCCAACCUAAUGUCAUUUGAGUAGUGGACAACCAGUCAGCUUGCCCAGUGGGGAGUUAGCGCCAAGCCCAUUUCUAUGAGAGUCUAACAAACUCUGAUAAAAUGGUGGAACGGAGGAAUUGAUUGGAAUCCUAAGAAAUGAGGGGUGAGGAAGUGUGUCAUGUGUCCGAUUCUACAGACUGGAGCAGAUGCUCUUUACCACUGGACACACACCCAGCAGCGUUUUAGCCAAGGACUACAUGCGAUGUCUCUCUUUCCAGAGAAAGGAAAAACACAUAUUUAAGCCCUUGUUUCGUGUCAAAGCUUUCUCGCUUGUCGUCGUUUGUUCUGCUGCUAUAAACGUGUGAGCAAGCUCAUAUUUCUUUGGCCCAUGUUGGGUUUUGCUUAGAAGAAAGGAUUUAAAAAAAAUACCUGUAAAUGCACAAAGACUGACAGUGUUAAGAGACUGUGAUAAGUAGGCUCGGGGACCAGUGACUUGGGCCCUUGGAGAUCAGCACUGCCAUGGCCCCCUUAACUAUUUCAGACAAUGUUUCAGACCACUGUUGACUGGACACCUUGCAAAAUACACGCUAGACUGAUGCUCAUCGUCCACCCUGGUCCUUGCAAAACACACGCUAGAUUGAUGCUCUUCGUCGACCCUGGUCCUUGCAAAACACACGCUAGACUGAUGCUCAUCGUCGACCCUGGUCCUUGCAAAACACACGCUAGACUGAUGCUCAUCGUCGACCCUGGUCCUUGCAAAACACACGCUAGAUUGAUGCUCAUCGUCGACCCUGGUCCUUGC